ACUCCUCAUCCUUCUUCUCCGUUCUCUUCUCUGAUGUGUGAAUGAGGGGAAUAGAUCUAGAUAGAUAGAUAGAGUAGAUCCAGGAUCAAGUUCCUUUUCGCCGCGCAUCUCUCCUGAUCUUUCUCUUCUCAGUAGGUCUUGUCAAGUAGAUACUGCUGGUAUAAUCAUGUCCAGGAGGCCAUCCCGUCGCAUUGGGGAUGGUGGAAGUAUUCCCUUUGUUGGUUCAUUGCACGCUAAAGGACGCGCAUCUCCGUUGCUGUCUGUUGGAAUCAUAGUCGUGGGUGCAAUUCUAAUAAUUGGAUACGUGUUCUCAGGUGGAUCUGGCAGUGAUGCAGACGCCAUCAGUAAACUUGAGAAUGCAGGUGGUGGUUUAUGUACAUUUGAAAUUCAAAGAGCAUUACCGUUUCUAAAGAAAGCAUAUGGUGAUAGCAUGCACAAAGUAUUGCAUGUUGGUCCUGACACCUGCACGGUUGUUUCUACAUUACUGAAAGAAGAGGAAACUGAAGCUUGGGGUGUAGAACCAUAUGACCUAGAUGAGGUAGAUGAUAACUGCAAGACCCUUGUUCGUAAAGGUGUUGUCCGGGUAGCUGAUAUUAAGUUUCCCCUUCCAUACCGACCAAAAUCAUUUUCCCUUGUUAUAGUAUCAGAUGCAUUAGAUUAUCUAUCGCCUAAGUAUCUGAACAGGACUCUGCCAGAAUUGGCAAGGGUGUCAGCAGAUGGUUUUGUUGUUUUUGCUGGUUACCCAGCACAGCAAAGAAGGAAAGUGGCAGAGCCAUCAAAAUUGGGUCGACCAGCCAAAUUACGUAGCUCAUCGUGGUGGAUAAGGUACUUUGUACAAACAAGCUUAGAAGAGAAUGAAGCUGCCACAAAGAAGUUUGAACAAGCAGCAACGGCGAGAUCAUAUAAGCCAGCCUGCCAGAUCUUCCACCUCAGAUCAUUUAACUGAUGACUGAACGUUUUGGGGAGAAAAAUAGUAGUAAAGUUUCAAAUAGCUUUAUGGGAGUAGUUGUAUACUACUAGCAAAGAGAAUCAACAUGCCACAACCAGAUUUACACAUGUGUGACCCUCGUCAAAUAUCACGGUUUGACUUAUCUUCCUCCUAUUUCACAUGCUCCCUUCUUUUGAGUUGUUGUACUGCAACAGUCUAUAUACAAGUAUUAUUAUGUGAUUUACUUUAUUUAACCUA